AUGACCAAUCCUCAGCCUACAAUAGAAGGCGGUGUUUCAGAAGUUGAGAUAAUUUCACAACAAGUGGAAGAAGAGACCAAAAGCAUUGCUCCUGUACAGCUUGUUAAUUUUGCUUAUCGAGAUCUGCCUUUAGCUGCGCUUGAUCUGUCUGUGGCUGGGUCCCAGCUUUUGUCAAAUUUGGAUGAAGAAUACCAAAGAGAAGGAUCUAACUGGCUAAAACCGUGCUGUGGGAGACGAGCAGCUGUGUGGCAGGUAUUUUUGCUCAGUGCAAGUCUCAACAGUUUCCUGGUAGCCUGUGUAGUAUUGGUGGUGAUUCUUCUGACUCUGGAACUCCUAAUAGAUAUAAAGCUUCUUCAGUUUUCAAGUGCUUCACAGUUUGCAGGAGUAAUUCACUGGAUCAGCCUAGUCAUCCUGUCUGUUUUCUUUUCAGAGACUGUUUUGAGGAUUGUGGUCCUUGGCAUAUGGGAUUACAUUGAAAACAAAAUAGAGGUGUUUGAUGGUGCUGUCAUAAUCUUGUCCUUGGCACCAAUGGUGGCCUCAACAGUGGCUAAUGGCCCCAGCAGCCCGUGGGAUGCUAUCAGCCUUAUUAUCACACUACGAAUAUGGAGAGUGAAGAGGAUCAUUGAUGCAUAUGUCCUUUCAGUGAAAGUGGAGAUGGAGAUGAUGAUUCAGCAAUAUGAGAAGGCAAAGGUUAUUCAAGAUGAGCAGCUGGAAAGACUAACCCAGAUCUGCCAAGAACAAGGGUUUGAAAUCAGGCAGCUGAGGGCCCACCUUGCCCAGCAGGAUUUGGACCUGGCUGCAGAGAGAGAGGCUGCACUGCAGGUCCCACAUGUACUGAACAAACAGAGCAGCAACAGAUACAAGGUGGUAGCAACUGAUGAUUCAGAUGAUGACACCACUGACAACAUCACUGAGUUGCAGCCUUCACGAGAGGACGACAUGAACAAUUACAUCAGUCGAUACUACAAUGAGCCUAGCAGUGACAGUGGUGUCCCUGAGGCCAUCUGCGUGGUGACCACUGCUGCCAUUGACGUCCACCGCCCCAAUAUCUCUUCUGACCUCUUCACUGUGGAGGUGCCACUGCGCCUGGGCAGCACUGGGACAUCUGCCAGCAUUACGUCAGGCAGCGCCUCACGCUCGACCGUCAGCUCAGGCACUCAGGCCUGCAGCGAGAGCAGCCAGACUCUGGGCUCCUCCCCGGACUGCAGCACAGCCUGUGCUGACACUGUGGAGACUGGCGCUGGCCCACGGGCUGACCGUGCACCCACCCAGCAGCGGGUGGCCCAGACCAUGGUACAGGAGUUACUGUCAUCCCUCUCAGAAGAAGCCUGCCUGGCACAGAAGGGGUUGGAUCCUGUGAAUCUGAAGCUGCCCAGUCCUGUGGGGGCCAGCCCAAACCUGGGCCCUCGGCUCAGCAUCUACAACCACAGGAACCAGGAGAACCUUGAUGUCUUCCAGCUCAAGCCACUCAUUGACUGCCCCCAGGGUGGCCCAAUGAUUGAUGAGAAGUAUGGGGCAGUGGGGCCCCCAGAGCCACGGCUGGGCCAGGUUCCUGAGGCUUAG